UUCGAAAAAGACGCAGCAUUCAGAGGCAUCACUGGUGGAUUUGAGUCUGCAGUAACCACACCUAUAAAGGCUACAGCAGCAGUCUCCCUCCCUGCUACAUUACCUGAUCUGGCUGGUUGGACUCCUGUAAAUCAAGCUGCAGAUGUUGAUGUCGACUGCUCAGAUGCAGUGGUUGUGGCAACCUUUGAUCGUCAACCACACGAAACACACAUAGAGGGAGCCACAAUAAUUCUUGAUUCUCAACAGACGAUGACAGCCACUGCAAUGACUGCCCCAAAAUCUCCAGCCAAAAAGAAGGCCAAACUGUGCAAAGUCACUGGUGCCAGGAAAGCACAUGCGAAGGGUCUGCUGACAGACGCCAUGUGCCGACAGAAGACUCAGCAGGAUGUAUUUAACAUGCAGCUUGAGGUCCUUGAGGCAACUCUUGUUACGCAGAAGGCCACAACACGUACUCAGGAAGUUCUUCAGAAAGAGGCUGGCCUUCGAAUAGAAAAGCUACAGCUGGAGAUUGCUCUGCUGAAGGAAAAGGAGUUCUUGGGUCUGUCGGGCAUUGAACUGUAAAUUUAUGUGUAAAUAGUAUCUAUGUUUAUAGGAUUUGAAUUUUUUAGAUAUUAAAUAUAUUAAAUAGUAAAUAUAUAGUAAAUAUCAAGUUAUUUAAAACACAAAGGGAAUGUAUCAAAAUUAGAAGCUACAGUGUCAGUGACAUGAUGAAAAUGUUAUGGUAUAUUUCUUACGCGAGUGUUGAUUAUGCAAUACAUAA